UCGGCCAAAGCGGCGCCCAAAAACAGCACAAAGCCCCAUUGCUGGAGGUGGGGGAAGGGGUUUGGUGUCAAGAAACCCUGCAGAAGCGAUCAAAUACAGCAGCGAGGCUGACCGCAGCCAUCUCCAGCGCGAGCAAAGCCUCCAGCUGCUGCAGAACGGCAGAAGGUAGAGAUCAGCUAUUGCACGACAUAGAGCUCCUGCUGGCGUUGGGCUCCUCGGGGGAUGAAACCCCCCCUUGCAACACGGAGCUCCCGGAGAGAAAAGCUCCGCGGCAGAAGGGUUUUGGCCAGCAUGUGCUACGGGCUCCUGGGGACCCUCCUGCUCCUCCUGCCAGGAGGUGUCUCGGCAGAGGGGACGUGGGUCCAGCAAAGCCCGGGGCAGCUCUGGGUGCUCCCUGGACAGACGGCGGAGCUGAGCUGUCGCAUCUCGGACUACAGCACCCACGUCAGCUGGUACAAGGAGAAGCCGGACGGCAGUUUGUUCUGGAUUUACCAGAGCUCAAACUACUCCCGUCCGAAGGGAAAAUACUCAGGGAGGAUGAAAACAUGGCAGGAGUUUUCCCUCACCAUCAGCUCUGCACAGAGGGAGGACUCCGGGGUUUAUUACUGCAGCUCCUCCUCCUUGUACCCCGCGUUUGGGAAUGGGACCAGGCUCGUUGUCACCGAUGCCUCCGAGCCCCGGCUCUCCAUCCUGGUGCCCGUCGACGCAGAGGAGCGCGGGCAGCCCCCGGCCAGCUUCCCCCUGCUCUGCCACCUCCACGACAUCCCUGCGGGCUGGGACACCGUGCGCUGGCAGCCCGGCGGGGACGUGACGCCGCUGAUGGCGGCGGCCGUGGAUGAGCACGGUGUCCUCGGCGCCUGGAGCAUCGCCUGGGUCCCGGCCGAGCGCUGGGACGGGGCUGCGACGUGCACGGCCCUGAAAGGCAGCACGAGCAGCACCGUCAGCGUCACCAUCGGCAAAGCACCGGGGGAGGAAGGAUGCCCUUCCUGGCCGCUGGCGCUGGGGCUGUCCUGCGUCUCCCUCCUUUUCCUGCUCCAGCUGACCAUCCUGCUCUGCCGUCGGCGUCUGGCCAGAGGUGACCCCCCCACGGCACCCCCCUCGCAGCCCCUUCGCCCCGACUCUCUCCUCGCCACCCCCAGCCACCCACGCUCCCACCCGGGAGACCCACCCGGGAGGUAAAACCGCUUCCUCAACCCCUGCCCUGAAAUA